UUACCGCGCCUUCCUGCACACAUUGCAUACCGUGUGGGCAGUAAGGACACAUACGCACAAGGAAAGUACCCACAGACACACUUAGCAUUUGGGGUUUCGCACACAACUUCGUGAAGCCAAGUGGUUGGGCUGCGUCCUAUCCUGCGGAUAUUGACCCAUACGUCAAAGGUGAGAGCGGCACAGUGCAUGCAUCAGCUGAUCCGUAAACAUCGGCCUUAAACAGUCUUAUAUAGCGUGCCUUGCAGAUAUUGUUUCGUUUGAUCUCCAGCUAGCGUUUGGUGCCCGGUUGUAUGUGUUUGAAGGUUGCUGGAGGAGUUUCGUUUCAUGCAGUGCAAGCAGACGGUACUCUAUGCUCGUUGGAUAUAUGUAAGACCACAAAGCAACGUUGCAGUAUGGAGCGUAUUUGGUCUAGCUGUGGUAUUUGCAUCAUAGCAAUGAUCCUCCGCGUGUACUGCGUGGAUUUGUCAUCAAGCAUAAUAUAUACCCGAGAAUAUGUUGUGCGGCAAGAAAACCAGACCUUUGCUCCUUGUCUGUCCGAGGGCCUGAUCUACACCAACAACGUCACGUACUUCCCCAAUUUUCUGGGCCACCUGACUAUGCAGGAGGCCAUCCGGGGAUUCAAUGAUUUCUACCCGUACCUUCAGGUCCAGUGCUCGCCGCGCCUGCAGCUGUUCCUGUGCCUCGUGUACUUCACAUGGCGGCACCAUCUGGUAGACACCCACCUUUCCCCGUGCAGGGAUUUCUGUGAGCGUGUCAGAGACGACUGUGAUGGGGCCUUCCGACGCGCUGGCAGCGCCUGGCCUGACAGCUUGGACUGCAACAAUUUCUCGACCGGCGGCCGUGAUGACUACUUUUGCUUCGGUGAUCCAGGUGACCCAUUUGAACCCGAUUCGGAAGAGGGUGAAGAAAAUGAAGAAGUCAACCUUCCCUCGACCAUCGUCCCACCACAGACCCCUCGUCCCGACCCAUCGGAACACUGCCAGCCUCUCCCAGAUGACUCCAUCUGUCAGUCUAUGCCGUACACUACCGUCAUCUACCCCAACAUACUCGGGCAAGACAACCACAGUGAUGCGCUGGUCGAGCUGCACAGGUACAGCGCGUUCAUGUCGGACGGGGGUCCUUGCUCGGAUCUGCUCAGAACCUACCUGUGUCUUGCUUAUCUGCCACCCUGCAAGAUUGUGGAGGAGGUUGCUGCUCCGAUCCCUCCCUGCAAGGCGCUCUGUGAACUGGUUCUGACCGACUCCUGCAUAGGCGUCCUGGCUGCCUUCGAGAUGGAACUACCGUCCGCCUUAAGCGACUGUUCCAUGUACCCGAAGCAGAGUGAUUCCUACCCCACAUGUUUCAUGCCAGGGGCAAAAUAUGACCCUUUGGUGUACUGGUCCCCACCGCCAGUGGUCACAAGCGAUUUCACAGCCGCAUGUAAGGAGGACGGCUGCGUGGAUGUGAUGCACGGCAAGUGUCGCUCUUUCGGGUUCUGGGUAACCUCCUAUCCUAAUCUCCUCGGGCACACCAACAUGCAGGAAGCCCUGGACGAGCUGGACCGCCUGGUGCCGUUCAUCGACUCGGGCUGCUCGGACAAGCUGCAGGUCUUCGCCUGCUACGCCUUCUUCGUCACCCCGAGCACGACCGAUCACGCCAGCGUUCGGUUGCCGUGCCAGAGCGCCUGUCAAGAGAUUUGGAAAAGCUGCCGCGGGACUGCAGGGGAGCUGUUUGAGAAACGACCCCGGCUGAUGACGUGCAGGCUGUACCCUGCAGAGAACUGCGACUCAGAGAUGGGCAAACGUCUUGAACCUAUCACCAUUCUCAAUGCAAGCCGUGUUAACACCACUUACGCAUUUGUGGAGUUCACGGGAAGAAGCAGGCUUACAUCAUACAGCCAAGUUUCAAAGUGGGGAGUACGCGACAAUUUUGUAAUCGAUUUCGAGGGGAAAGAAACACAGCAGGAGUACUUUGAGCUGUAUGACCUACUUGGAUAUCACGUGAUAUUUUGGCCCUGGAAUGCAUACGGGCGGGGAAGUCAACCGACAGUCGCCUGGAUUCCUCCUCACGUUAUAGGAUCGAUUCCCGAUCACUGUGAGCGAGUCGACAUCAUGUACUGCAACAAACUGGGCUACACCACGGCCGGAUACUCCCAAGACUACUCCUGGUAUUGGACUCCCCCGGAUAAGCUCCUCGACUCCUGGCGAGACUACUUCACAGAGGAGACGGUGGAGUCCGGGGUUGGGUGCUUACCACGCCUGCAUGAGCUACUCUGCGGCCUACUGGCGCCCCCGUGUCCAUCUUCGCGCGAAUUUGGCGUCACCUUUCCCUGUCGGGAGUUCUGCGAGAGCGCCCUCAAGCAAUGCAACACUUCGGCACACAGGGGCAAUCUCAGCUGGUUGCUGGAGUCCCUGCCGUGCGACGUAGUGCUGUCCAGUUCAGAAGCCACGUGCUCCAGAGAAUUCGACUGGGAUCCAUCUGAGGCUGUCAUUCACAGAGAAAACUAUCAAUACGAGGUUGAGAGCGUGAAGGUGUACUGCUUAGUGACCGAAGACAGACCGAAAGCACCGCCAGAAUUCUACGGCCCAGAUGGCAAACUCAUCCCCGUGACGUCAACCAAUGCGUACUCGUCUGGAAGACAUGUAAUCCAGCUUUCACCCAGAUUGACAAUGCUGUUCUUCAAGAAGGUUUCCAUUGACGAUGUUGGUACCUACACGUGUAAGGCAGCUGGCGGGAGAGUGCUUCGCACGACUGAAAUCAGGCCCUUGGUGAAAUGCAUGCCAUCGUUCAACCACACUUUGUGUGACUCCCUCUCACGAAGCAGCCUCGUGCAGUCCCCUAAUGUCCUGGGUCACACCACCCAGUACCAAGCCGAGGUCGCCUCCUACAAUCUCCUGCCUCUCCUUGCCACCGAUUGUUCCCCUGACCUUCUUGAGCUGGUGUGCGCCCUCUACGCCCCAGAGUGCGCAGAGCACCAGGGAGUCAUUAUAGAUUUCCCGAUGCAGCAAAUGAACUUGCCCUCACAGGAAUUGUGUAACAAGGUGAAAAGCUCAUGCGCCGAGGCGGCAGCCGACAUCGGUUUUGAAUGGCCGUCGGAAGUGCAGUGUGAUAAAAUGGCGCCCGACUUGACGAGCGAGGGUCCAAUUAAAGAGCAUAUUGGCCCAAGGAAGAAAGACUGCAUCAACCUCCGCCGUUAUGACAUCACGGACCUCGGUAUCGAGUAUCUAUUCUACGGCUGGGCAGACGUACAAGGACAAGGUGCUGCUAACGACUACUGCAGGGUGGUUUCCAUCGCGCCAUUCAAGGUGCUAUCGUGCGCUCUGGCUGGUACACAGGGCGAGAACCAGUACAAUUACAACUCGUCCAAUCCCCAGGCCUGGCUUGACCUGGGUCACACUGACACGUGGUACAUGAGGGACCGAGAUGGCGACGGUAGGGACGAUUACUGCAGGUGUGUUGGAGCGCCGAGAAAUACGACCAUUUCGUGCUUGAGAGCUGGGGCCGAGGGUUUUGAGGAUGAAUUCGAACCGGAGGGCGCCGCCAACGACGACUGUCAGUACAUCAAGGUCAACAAACUCUUUGGCCCUUGAGGUACAAUCCAGUGUGAAAAUAAUGUAGUUCGUUUCUGCGGGCGAUUCACAAUGAGGAUACAACUCUCAUCGCCCAAUGCAUGGUGCUAAUGUAUAAAGUAGCACAUGUAGGCCUACUACAAGUAAUAAAAUACAAUGAAUCAAGCGCAUGCAAACUGAUUUAUUAUACACAUUUUUAGGUAGCCAUAUAUCUGUACAUAUUUUUUGUACGUCUUGUAAUAACUGAAUACAAAGGGGCAAUUCCACGGUUACAUUUCUGAUGUACUUUUGAGCUUCCUUGG